CUGAGAGUGUCUCCUCAGCCAAAGCAAUAAGAAGGCGCAGCUGUCCCCCCAGAAAGCAGAUAACAUUUGUCAAGGAAGAAAAGCAGCCGAACCUAGACGUUGGUCUACAUUCUACUGCACAGGACUGGCAGGUAAUGGACUGCCAGAGACAGGGGUGGCGAGCACACUGGCAUCCAGUGGCUGACUACACCCUGCCACGCAUGAGUGGGCCACUCAGAAGGACAGCCAUGGAGACUGUAACGGAGGCGGCAGAAAGAACUUCCAGAUGGUUGUGGAUGAAGAGGGGGCAUAUUCUCAGCAAGAAAGCAUUAAUGGAAGAUUCUAGACUGACCCGCCUGAAGAUGAUGAAAGUGCAGCUGCACUCUCUGCAUAGACGUAUAUUCAACACCCCCCCAAGAUGUAAGAUCUUUAUUGCCCAUAUGCAACAUGUAAAUUGGAAUGGCUAGCCAUUCAGCCACAUCCAGUUACAUAAGUCUAACGACAGUACAAGACAAUGUCAAAAAGGUCAAUAAUGCAACAGCUGAAUUUAAUGACUGGACAUGUGCGGACACACGUGAAAUUUAGAUGGUGAUGAAAAUGCAGAUCGACAAUGCUGAGGGUGAAAGCCACACACAAAAGUACCCCAGUGUGCUGUUAAACAGCAAUGCAACCUGCUAAACCACAAGCAAACAAAUGGAGCAUACUUUAUCAUAUCACCUUUUUCCUUGUGUUUGUGAUGAUAUUGCCUCAAAAUAAUUAUUUAAUUGUUAAUUUUAAAGGGCCAUAAGGACAUUUUAUUGGAUAACAUGUAAAAUUAGCAUUCUGGAGUUUAUUUGCCUUUUCUGUUUUGUAAAGAAGCCCUGGAGUAUUGUCCUUAUGUUAUUGGGGUGAACACACACACAGACACACACACACACACACAUUCGAAACUAACUAUACAGUCAUGUAUCAAUUAUGUUUACUAUGCUACUAUGCCCAUCAUUCUAACUACAUUACUGCAAUAAGACAGUUGCACAUGUAAUCUCAGAUUUAUAAAUAUCCUUGCAUUAGCUUUGAAACUGCUUUCAUAUAUUCCUCUAGAGAUCCAAUCAUUCAUUAAGUUGUGCGUUCAAAACAAUUGUCAUUUUUAGCACCCAUUUUAUAGAAUAAAAUACACAUUUAGAUGCCAACACGUGCAUGCAACUGGAGUGAUGACUGGACGCGCUAAGUGACGGUGUUGUGUUCUCUAAUUAGAUUUAAUGGUGUUAUUGUUUUUUGAAGGAUUCACCUUCAAAUUUAUUUUUAUCAGUUACUGAGCACGAAUGACUGUUAUAUCGUGUUCUAUCUUCAUAUGAACUAUAUUCGUAUAUUUAUACUACUUGAAUUUGAACUCGGAAAAAAACACUUUUUUUUUCUGCAACUCCUUUUUUGGAUAUUCAGGAAAUUGCAAAAGCACUUAUGUGCGUAAGAAUUCAUUUGGCAAAUUAUACUCAACCCAUGAAGCAGACGUAGAACAACAGCCAUAAUGGAGACAACAACAACCAUGGCAUAUGACUAUUCCGAUUACUUUUCGGAUACUCCUGGACUGACUUCUAUGCUCUGCAGCAAUGGUAACGUGAUCGGAUUUACCAGUGUGUUCGUGCCAACGCUGUACAGCCUUGUCUUUAUCUUCGGCUUCGUCGGAAAUUUGCUCGUGGUCUGCGUGGUCAAGUACCAAAAGAUGAACACCAUGACGGAUAUCUGUCUUCUGAACCUGGCUGUGUCCGACCUGCUCUUCGUGAUCAGUCUGCCUUUCUGGGCUUGUUAUAUCGCUGCCGGCGAGUGGGACUUCGGGAACUUCAUGUGCAAAGCUGUCUCCUUCUUGUACAUGAUGGGUUUUUACGGGAACAUCUUCUUCAUGGUCAUCAUGAGCAUGGAUCGCUACCUGAUCAUUGUCCACGCCCUCACAUUGGCUAAACACAGGUCGGUUCGACUCGGCAGCGUUGUAACUGCAGUUGCUUGGUUUGUCAGCUUCUUUGCCUCUUUGCCCAGUAUGAUCUACUCGCAAACCAAAAACGAAUCCACCAUAACGUGUAAAACUGAAUUUCCAAAAGAUAACGUAUUGCGGAUCUUUACAUAUUAUGAGCUAAACAUUUUAGGCUUUAUAAUUCCUCUUGUUGUUAUGACUUAUUGUUAUGCAAAAAUCAUCCCCACUUUGUUCUCCAUAAAAACAAACAAGAAACACAGAGCCAUCAAGCUUGUACUCUUAAUAAUUAUACUGUUCUUUCUUUUUUGGACUCCUUACAAUUUCGUUACCUUCCUGACGUCCCUGAAAUACUUGGGGUACUUUGCGAACUGUGACGCCUACAGUAAUUUAGACUUGUCUCUUAAAAUAACCGAAGUUGUGGCAUUCACACAUUGCUGUCUGAACCCAGUCAUCUAUGCUUUUGUAGGCCAGAAGUUUAAGCGACUUGUGCUGAAAUUAUUGCAGAAUUGGUUGUCUUUUUGCUUUUCGGGGUGCAGGUCAUUUUCCACCGAACUCUCCGAGAGAAGGAGUUCAGUCUAUUCAAGAUCGUCUGAAAUCACCUCUGCAAGACUCUUAUAGUUGCUUUUGUGUAAAAAAAGUAUGUUUCAUUAAUAAAUACCUUGAAUGUACAGUGCUUAUGGUGAUUCCACUGUAGCCAGUGCUUUACAACGCAUGCUUAAAUAUAAGCGUUUUCAUCACACUCACUUUUAAAAUACAUUUUAUUCCGAAGUAAUGUUUUCAGUGACAUAUUCUUAGAUUGAUUUGUAUUUGUUCGGCGUUUGACGUUUGAAUGUUCUUCUGUAUUUUAUUUACUACUUUUUUGCUGAUUUUAAAUAAAUGAAAUGUUAUCAUUAA